AUGCCUACUGUCAGUGUCGACAAAGCGCUGCUCCUUGAGGGCCUUGGGCACCAGUACACGACAGAGGAGUUUGACGAGCUCUGCUUCCAGUUCGGUAUUGAGCUCGAUGACGACACCACCGAGGAGGUGAAGGGCACCAAUGAGCGCCCCCAGCUCAAAAUCGACAUUCCGGCGAACCGCUACGAUUUGCUGUGCUUUGAGGGUAUCCUGCGUGCGCUGCGCGUGUUCCUCGGCAAGCAGGAGGUGCCCAAGUACCGCCUGACUCAGCCCAAGGAGCUCGUCACGCUCCGCCUCACCAAGGAGACGGCACAGAUCCGGCCGUACUUUGCGGGCGCCAUUCUGCGCAAUAUCACCUUUACGCCCGAGAGCUACGCCAACUUUAUCGACCUGCAGGACAAGCUGCACCAGAACCUCGCGCGCCGCCGCACGCUCGUGUCGAUGGGCACGCACGACCUCGACACGAUCGAGGCGCCCUUCACGUACGAGGCGCUCCCGCCGGACUCGUUCAAGUUCGCGCCGCUGAACCGCACUGAGGAGUACACCGGAAAGGGUCUCAUGGAGCUGUACGAGUCGGACCACCACCUCGGCCGCUACCUGCACAUCAUCCGCGACAGCCCCGUGUUUCCGAUCAUCUUUGACAACCAGCGCCGCGUCAUGUCCAUGCCGCCGAUUAUCAACUCGAACCACUCCAAGAUCACGCUCGAGACAAAGAACGUGUUUUUGGACGUGACUGCGCUCGACAAGACCAAGCUCGACAUCGUGACUAACAUCCUUGUGGCGAUGUUCUCGGAGUACUGCGCGGAGCCGUUCACGGUCGAGCCGAUUCGUGUCGUAUACCCCGAUGGACACGAAGAGAUCACACCGAACCUCGACGCGCGCGUCACCACGGCGCGUGUCUCGUACAUCAACCGCUGCACCGGUCUGCAGCACGACGCCACGGAGAUUUCGCGCCUGUUGCACCGCAUGGGACACAUUGCGCGUCCGGGCGCUCACGAGGACGAGGUCGAGGUCGAAGUGCCGGUCACCCGCCCGGAUAUCCUGCACGAGUGCGACCUGAUGGAGGACGUCGCUGUCGCGCAUGGCUUCGACAACCUGCCCAAGACCUUCCCGGCAACCAACUCGGUCGGCGCGCCGCUCCCGAUCAACAAGCUGAGCGAUAUCCUGCGCCGCGAGUGUGCGUACGCGGGCUGGACCGAGGCCCUGCCCCUCAUUCUCUGCUCGCACGACGAAAACUUUGCAUGGAUGAACCGCAAGGACGACAAGACCACGGCGAUUGUCCUGGGCAACCCCAAAACGGCCGAGUUCCAGGUGGUGCGCACCUCGCUCAUCCCGGGUAUCCUUAAGACGAUCCGCGAGAACAAGAAGCACGCGCUUCCGAUGCAGGUGUUUGAGGCGUCGGACGUCGCUUUCAAGGACCCGCGCGAGACGCAGCGCAUGGCACGCAACGAGCGCCACCUCGGCGCAGUGUACUGCAACAAGACGGCCGGCUUCGAGGUCGUGCACGGCCUGUUGGACAAGCUCAUGCUCGCCCUUUCUGUGCCGCGCAUUGAGCGCACAGACGCCAACGCAUCGCACGGCUACUACCUCAAGGAGGCGGAGGAUGCAACCUUUUUCCCGGGCCGCGCCGCUGCCGUUUACCUGCGCAUCGCGCCAGAGUCUACGACGGGCAGCGUAGCGCUCGACUGGCUCCCAAGCCUGCGCAACGCACUCGACCAGUCGGGCGACGUGCAGAUCGGUACGCUGGGCGUGCUGCACCCGGAAGUGCUCCAGCACUUUGACAUCGGCUACCCGUGCUCGGCGCUCGAAUUCAACCUCGAGGUGUUUAUCUAA